GGAGCCUGCCAGCCUUUCAGCAGGACAAGCGGGGUGCUCCUCGAGGGUCCUCGUCCCUGCACCAGGACCCCUCAGAGACCUGAGCCAGCAUCUCCAGUUUCUCAAGCCUUCUGCUCUGCAGCAUCCCCUCAAUCGUGCCCACGGGACUGGCUGUCACUGGGGCUCUGCCUGCUUUGUUCCAGCCCCACUCAUGGCUGCUGCCGAGCACGGUCACCCCCCAGCGAAGGAGGCGAGGGUGGACGUCGACAUCAAGCCCAAGUCCUUGCAGCCUCACUGGUAUGAGCUCUACGUCCAGCCCUGCGUGGCCGAGCUGCUGGGCAGCGCGCUCUUCAUCUUCAUCGGCUGCCUCUCCGUGGUCGAGGAUGCGGAGGGCGCGGGGAGGCUGCAGCCCGCCCUGGCACAUGGGCUGGCCCUGGGGCUCACCAUCGCCAUCCUGGGAGACAUCAGCGGAGGCCACUUCAACCCUGCCGUGUCCUUGGGCGUGUGGCUGGUCGGUGGACUGAACAUGACGAUGCUCAUUCCUUACUGGGUCUCCCAGCUCUGCGGAGGGACGAUAGGAGCCGGCCUGGCAAAGGCCGUGGCGGCGAGCGAGCGGUACAUGAAUGCCAGCGGAGGAGCCUUCAGCAGCAUAACGGCUGACGAGCAGAUCCCCUCCGUCCUCGUGGGCGAGAUCGUCAUGACCACCUUCCUGGUCCUCGUGGUCUGCAUGGGCGCCAUCAAUGGGAAGACCAAGACCCCGCUGGCACCUUUCUGUAUCGGCUUCACGGUCACGGUCGACAUCCUGGCGGGAGGUGGUGUGUCCGGAGCCUGCAUGAAUCCUGCCAGAGCCUUCGGGCCAGCUCUGGUAGCGAACUACUGGGACUAUCACUGGGUUUACUGGGUAGGGCCCAUGAUCGCUGCCCUCCUUGUCGGCGUGCUGGUGAGGCUCCUGAUCGGUGACCGGACAACCCGUCUGCUCCUGAAAUGAUGCCGGGCACAGGGCCACGUGUGUGCUGUCAUCGCUGACCUGCCGCAGGCGGCCGGUGCAGCUCAGCAGAGCCAACAUGAAGCCCGCUGCCCCUGCUCCUCGCCAUCCCUCUGCCUCUCUGCGUCCCCUAGGCAGCUCGGGAGAGGGUUCAUGUGAUGCUGCAGGGAUGAUGGAAGGCAGCCCAGCUGAACCAGGCAGCCCAGCUGAACCAGGCAGCCCUGUGCUGGCGGCAGGGCCGGGCAGCACUGCUCCCACCCCGGUUCCCAGGUCUCUGCCAGCCCCUGCUGUGGCUGCAGGACCCAGCUCACCAGGAGCAUCCUCUGACCUCUGCCAGCGCCCACGAGGUUCCAGCCUCCUCCAGCAUCAGCCGUGCACGCUGUCUGUCCCUCCAGGGCUGUGCCUGGGUAUCAGUGGUACCGGGGAGCCCUGUGCCCUCUGGGGUGGGCACCACUGCCCCAUGCUCAGAAGGUCCAGUGUAUGUGGCUGUGGCCAGCAGCCUGUCCAGCUCCCCAGGGCGCGUGGUGAGAGCUGCUGGUUCCCAAAGGCCUUGCGAGGAGCCUGCUGUAAUCCUGCUAAGGUGGCAAGAAGCUGAGUCAAGCAGCCGUGCCUGGGGACUGUGCAGCAUUGCUCCCCAGCACUUACAGUAAUCACUUUCUAACUUCUUCAUGACACUGUUAAUUCCGAGGACUGGUGCAACUAGCUCUCUCCACCCUGGCACACACCUGCAGGAGCUCCUCAGCCCCAAAUGCAGCAGUGGGUGCUGCAAGGCUCCACGUUCUGCCCUACACUGGCUCCUGCAUUUGUCUCCCAUUCAAGCAUCUCCCAGAGAGCCAAUGCUCCAGCAUGGCAGGAUGCUCCAGCAUGGCAGGAUGCUCCUCCAUGGGAGCCCACUCCCCGGCUCGUGCCAUGGCUCAGCUCCUCUCCCUCGUGCAGGUCCAGGAUGAUGCCGAGCAGCUCUUGCCUGUGGCCUGCCACAUAGAAGAGGGUGACAGGAGAAGGGAGCUUUGGUGGCUGUCCGAUUUCUGGCCCCUCUCAGCAUCAGGAGGGCUAGGGGGUGAAGCACCAGCUGAGAGUUCAGGGGGGGUCUGUCCCUCCCCUGCCAGAGGAUGAGUGCUGGGGGGAGAGGGGAUGGGGCUGCCUUGGCAGAGGGAGCUGCUGCCACAAGCAGGAGGAGUUGGCAGAAGGAGAGGGAUGGAGCUGUGUGGGCACAGGGAGAGGAACCAGCGCAGCAGCUUUACGUCAGCCGGGUAUCCAUCCCCUACGGCAGCUCUGCCCUGACUCAUGGUGCGGAACCCCCAGUCUCCCCUGUGGGGGGGGAUUCAUAGGGACCCCAUCCCCACUGCUCAGAGGGCUUGUUGGGUGGUGAACUGGCACACGAGUGUCACUGUGAGUAUCCCAGCCCCAGCCAGGAACCCCUCACGUUACCUGGGUUGGGUGACUCCUAAUUUUGCAGACUUUUAACUUGGGAAAUGUUGCUUUCCCAGCCCCUACACGUGCAGGACUGAGGUGCCCCUGGGGAAGGGGCUGUGCUGGGAGAGCUGUGCCCUCCUGCACCAGGGCUGCCCACCCUGCCCAGCCCAGCACUGGGGCACCAGCCCACAAACGGGGCUAGAGGGCAGGGGGAGAUGGGAGUGGGAAAGGGCCAGGAAACCCCUGGGCAAAGCAAGUGCUCCCUACCCUUCCUCCUGGGCUGCUCCACGCAGAGGCAGAAAAGCUGUUGCUGUGGCAGGGAGGAUGUUCCUGGCUUUCUGAUGUCCCCGUGGGGCUGGCAGAGCCCUGCACAAUGUCACCUCUCUAUUUUCAGCUUGCUUUCUUUUUUUUCCAGCCCAGGAGGUGACCCGCACGUGCACGCACACACACAAAGCUGUAUUCUUUUUUAGAAAGGACAAGGCUGUGGAGAUGAAGUGAGGAAAUGCCAGAAUUGCCUGCAACCCUUCCCCGGGGCUGGGCAGGGGGAUGUGGUACCCCGUGGUGGGCAGCGCAGACCCUGGGUGAGCUGGGGCACAGGCAGCUGUUCAUUCAGGAAGGAAAAUGAUGCAACCCACAGAAGGAGACAAAUAGCAUGAAGAUGUCACUAGGACGGUUGUCAUGGCAACGCCACAAAAAACGCCAAACCAAAUGAGCAAAGUCGCUGCUUCCUCCCCAGAGGGACCUUGGGGGCAGUGAG